AUGCCACGACGGCGCGAGCAGGAGCAGCAGACCAGGAUGCAGACGCGCAGGUUCCCCGAUUCCGGCGGAAUAAUAACUCUCAACCAGGAUGCAGACGCGCAGGUUCCCCGAUUCCGGCGAAAUAACGACUCUGCUGCCGCCGCAACUGGUGCAGCGGGGGCGGGGAGAGCUGGGGGAGAAGACGGAAGGGCAGGGGCAGGGGGAAGGGGAGGGGGACGGGGAGAGGGAGCGGAAGGGGGAGGAGCGGGCGCAGUGAGAGCUGGAGGAGGAGGAGGUGGGGCAGGGGAAGGGGGAGGGGCUAGGGCAGGGCAGGCCGAAUUGCGUGCGAAUCUGGGUGAUUUACCCGCUGAAAAUGCUGCUUCUGGUGGUGGCGCCUCUUUUGGAAAUGAGGAGGAAGGGGGAUAUGGGGGGGAAGGUGGGGAGGGGGGAGAGGAUGAUUAUUACGACGAGGAUGAGGAGGAGGAGGAGGAUGAGGGGGAGGAAGGAGGGCAGGCGGGGGGGGGGGGGGAGGGGGAGGGGGAAGGGCGGGGGGGGAAGGUGGUGCGGGGGGCGCAGGGGGUGGGGGAGGAGUGA